CCCAACGCAGAGAUACGGCUGUGGGCUGAUGGGAGAGCUGGUUACAAUUUCUCCCACCCUCUCACCUUCUAUUGAUGAUUAAAAGAAGAUAAAAGUCGGACAGCCCAGCUCGCCACAGAUACAUCCGCCAUCUGACAUCUGCGGGGUGGACAUCGUCCCAGACUGUGGCAGGAGCUGGCUGGCCAGAGAAUGAAUUGGAUCCUGUGCUUGAGCCUCACCCUCCUUCUGGUGGUGCAGACAGCCUGGGGUGCCUUGCACACCAAGGAGCCUCUAGUGGAUACCAAAUAUGGGACACUCCGAGGAAAGCAGAUACACGUGGGGAAGACGCCCAUCAAUGUCUUCCUAGGAGUUCCCUUCUCCAAACCUCCUGUGGGUGCCCGCAGGUUUGCUGCCCCAGAACCCCCAGAGCCCUGGGAAGGAAUCAGAGAUGCCACCACCUACGCCCCUGCGUGCCUCCAGGAGUCCUGGGGACAGGUCACCUCCAUGUAUUUCAACACACACAAACGAUAUAAAUGGCUGCACUUCAGUGAGGACUGUCUGUACCUGAAUGUGCACGCUCCAGUGCGAGCGCGCGGGGACCCUCUGCAGCCUGUGAUGAUCUGGUUCCCAGGAGGCGCCUUCCUCGUGGGUUCCGCUUCCACUUAUGAUGGUUCCGAAUUGGCUGCCCGGGAGAAAGUGGUGGUCGUGGUUCUGCAGCACAGACUUGGCAUCUUGGGCUUCCUCAGCACUGGGGACAGCCAAGCGCGCGGAAACUGGGCGCUGCUGGACCAGGUUGCAGCUCUGCGCUGGGUGCAGAAGAACAUCGAAGCCUUCGGCGGAGACCCAGGCUGCGUGACUUUGUUCGGCCAGUCAUCAGGGGCCAUGUGCAUCUCGGGACUGAUGACAUCACCCCUAGCCCGGGGUCUCUUCCAUCGGGCCAUUUCCCAGAGUGGCACCGCAGCACUCCAAAUCUUCAUCACUCCUGAUCCACUGAAGGUGGCCAAGAAGAUUGCCCAGCUGGCAGGCUGCAAUCACAACAGCACAAAGAUUCUCGUAGACUGCCUGAGAACACUAUCAGGGGCUGAGGUGAUGCGUGUUUCCCAGAAGAUGAGAUUCUUCAAACUGCACUUCCAGGAAGACCCUCAAGAGAUUGUGUGGUUCAUGAGCCCCGUGGUGGAUGGUGUAGUGUUCCAAGACAACCCCAUUGAGGUCCUGAUUCAGGGGCAGGUUGCACCUGUGCCUUACCUUUUGGGUGUCAACAGUCUGGAGUUCAACUGGCUCUUGCCUUUUAUCGUGAAGUUUCCAAUGAGCCAUCUGAGGAAAGAAACCAUCAUCAAGCUGCUCUGGAGUAUCAGCACCCUGUUGAAUGUCACCAAGGAGCAGUUACCACUGGUGAUGGAGGAGUACCUGAGUGAUGUGGAUGACCAUGACCAGAAGAUGCUACAAAAACAUGUGAUGGACCUAGCUGGGGAUGCUACCUUUGUGUACUCCACACUGCAGGCUGCCCGCUACCACCGCAAUGCUGGCUUCCCUGUCUAUCUUUACGAGUUUGAGCACUACGCUCCUGGCACUAUCGUAAAACCCCGCACUGAUGGGGCAGACCAUGGAGAUGAGAUCGGCUUCAUCUUCGGGAGUCCUUUCUCCAAAGGCCAUUCCUCAAGCAAGGAGAAGGCACUGAGCCUCCAGAUGAUGAAAUACUGGGCCAACUUUGCUCGCUCAGGAAACCCCAAUGGUGGGAAGCUGCCCUACUGGCCACGCUACAACAGGGAUGAGAAGUACCUGCAGCUGGAUUUAACCACAAGGGUGGGUGUGAUGCUCAGGGAGGAGAAGAUGACCUUUUGGAAGAGGCUACACCAGAAUUAAGGACCUGAAAAGCAAGGCAAUUCUGAGAGUGGCUCUGCAGGAGGGAGCCUUAGGGAUUGUCCCACCAUGCAGGCCUUAGGAACACUAACCGUAACCGUGGACGUAUCUGGGACAAGCAUCCUGCCCUCCCCAGUCCAGGUCCUGCAGAGGGUCCAUAUUCCUUCCAUGACAGAGCCUUAGCCUGUUUGGGGACCAGAAUCACCCUCUUCUGCCUGUCAUCCCAUGAUGUCCAGUUAUCUCAUUGACCAUUGGAUUAGUCCAGGCCCUUUCUGCCAGAUUCUGCCCAGCUACCCAGACUCAGAACAAAUGCUUCUCUUCCUUCUCCAAAUCCUCCCAUCCAUCAAGGUCAACUUCAAGCCACUCCUUAUGGGAAAUCCACCCAGAUUGCCACUGCCGCACCAUUGCAAACAGUUUGCCGUUCGCCAUUCAUCCUGCUCAACCUUAUGCCUUUCACAUUGGACUGAGGCCUUGGGCAGGUUAUAUGUUAUAAGGAGUGAUGCUUUGACAGCUGGGGAUAUUCUCCCCUUUCCAUACUGAUUUUUCCCAGGGCCCCUUCAAAGCCUGGCCACAGAGACAGUCCUUAAUAAAGACACGUUGA